AUGGAAGACAGGAAGACCUACACGGCGAUCAAGUCGCCUCCAAAAAGUGCUAUGUUUCAGUUGUCCACAAUUCCACCAAAGCCAACCAAGUUCAAUGGGUUGAGGUCCCGGACAUGGCAAUUAUUGACAACAUCAGUGAAAAUGCUGAGGACAAAGCACAAGAGGACCUCGUCCAAAUGCCCAUCAACGAGGAAGGCUCCCGAUUGGUUCCCACUCCCCAAGAUUGGUCAACUUGUGGACGCAACGGCAAGCCACGCUCGGUUAAGCUUCCUAGACGCCUACCGUGGCUACCACCAAAUAGCCAUGGACCUGGACGACGUGGAAAAAACUACUUUUAUCACACCAUAUGGCAUCUUUUGCUACCGAGUCAUGCCCUUUGGGCUCAAGAACUCAGGCGCCACAUUCAAUCGAGCCAUAUUCACCCGGCAUCAUUAA